ACCGGAAGUGUGUGACGUGAUUCACCGACACACACUCUCCCACAGACACACACAGACACACACUCAGGAUCUCAGCUGACCUCCAGAGAUGAGCAGCUCCAGGCAGCGAGCCCGGGAUCUGCUGCAGGCCUACGAGCUGAGCCUGGAGCAGCAGAUCCUGGGCCGGGGCUCCAGCCACGCAUGUGGAGACCAGGAGCUGUGGAGGCAGGUGGAGGCUCGGCUGACGGAGGCCGACGCUCAGGACGCCCACUGCCUGGGUCUGGAUCCGCUGGAGGUGAUGGAGGAGUCGCUCAAGGCGCCGCCAGCCGCUGCCAGGGGGUCGAAGGUCAGAUCCAGAGGUCGCCUGCAGGACCUGGGGAAAGCGUUCGAGGUCCUGGAGCAAGCGGCUCUCAACCUGUACCUCGGGCCCUGGAGGCACGAGUACAAGGUCGUCAAGAUGUAUUCUGGGACUUUCACCCACUUCAUCAAGCCGGUGCUGUCCACGCCUCAGAUCGAGAAGCUCUUCGGUCUGUUGGGCUACCGGCCCAGCUCCCAGGAGCAGCUGUUCCUCCAGGAGCUCCGGACCAGCUCCGCCUCCCUGGACGACCUCCUGCGCCUGGCCUGCGCCUUCUACCUGGCUCGCUGCGAGUGUCGCCUCCUGCAGGCGGCGCUGGGGAAGCACGUGGGCGAGUCCCAGUGGGAGCUGGGUGUGGUGAGAGAGAGGCAGAGAGGAAACAGCCUGCAGGUCGCCAUGGAUACCACCAAGAAGACCAUGAAGGUCAACCAGCCGCGGAUGGAGCCGUUUGCCGGCGGCGUGGACGUGGAUCUGUACACAGACCAGCUCCUGAACGGGGGGGCGGCGGCGGCGGGCGUGAGUGACGACAAACCCUGGAGCUCGUCUCCACCUGCUGUGAAAACCCACGGCGACGGGUUCACGCCUCAGUCGUCCUCGUCCGGCGCCGUCUGCAUCACCACGCUCAACUGCCAGCUCAGCAAGAUGUCUCUCGGGGACUCGGGGGCCGGCUCCUCGGGGGGGAAGAAGCCGGGCAGGCGUCCCAGCGAGGGCUCGAGGUCGGACAAGGUGGACCCUGAGCCCCAGGUGGGCGGCUCCCAGGUGGAAGCUGCGGCUCCGGGGGAGAGAGAGAGUGAAGCGGAGCACUUCUGCAGCUGCCUCCAGGCUCCUCACGUGCUCCUGCAGCGCUGCGUGGACUGUCAGACGCUGCACAGCAUCACGUGUGCCUUGCUGCAGCACUGCCUGAUGGAGCGCCACGCCGUCGGGCCCUUCGAAGACCUCGCCGAGUCCGGAGCCGCGUCGCCUCAGAGUCUGGUGGCGAGCGACAUGAAAGCUUCUCCAGCUCCGCCAGCCAGGUCCUCCUCGGAUCCACGAGACGAGCCCGAGUCCCACAUCCCGUCUCUUCAACCAAUCAGCUUCCACGACUGCUGCGACCUGGCCCAGCUGGACCCGCAGGCGCUGUGCCACAGCUGCAGCGUGUUCCACUCGGGCUCCUGCAGAGACCUGGACUACUGCACGGUGCACCACGCCACCACGCCGCUGGGCCGCUGCGGCUGCGGGAAGCCGUGUCCCCGGAAGCCUCUGGUGCUGUGCCGGUACUGUGGGAAGGAGUACUGCCGGGACUGCUGGUACCGGAACCCGGUGGAGUGCACCUGCGGCCGAACCUUCGACCAGUCGUCCUCCGUGUGACGCUCGCCGGAGAAGCUCUGCACCGACGAGCGACGCCAACGUGCCUUAAACCUGCACUCGUUCAGAUCCAGUACAAUCUAAUCCCCCAUGUGGCCUUGGCUCGAUGCCCACACGCAGGAUUCUGGGCUCCCAGUUUUUCUAUUUGUGAUUUUCUUCUGUCUGUAACUCGUGCGACUGAAUCCCAUUUGUUACAGGAAACAACACCAGACGCCUUAG